GUCAAAACGAAAGUAGUUGUUUAGAUUUUGGUAUAUCCUGGUGUAUUAAAUCUAGGUAAUCUUGUAAUCUUUCUGGUAAAAAAAAUACAAGAUAUAAUGCUGACGAUGACAUUUCUUUGAAAUGUCUGAACGAGAGCAUCAUAAGGGUAAAUACAUUGCAGUGGACUUGCACGAUGUGGAACCAUUGAUAGAUAACUCGGAAGGGUCAACCAAGUCAAUGUGCUUUUUUUGUGUAGUUAUUUCAAAAAUAUCAACCAAAUGUGGGGAAUUAAGAAGAUGGAUAUGUCGAAAAAUACCGUUUUAUGGCAAGAUCGAUAAAGAUUCCAGAUGUCCAUUCAGGUUCAAACAAUGUCUUUUCGACGCGAUCUGUGCGACCUUUGGAUGCAUCUUUUGCAAAAGCAUCUGUACAGGACUAUGUAUAUUUCUGUACGGAUGUUGCAUAAAGCCGAUUGGAUUUCAUCUUCCACGUUUAUUAAAUAGACCUCAUGAGGAAUCCAUAGAAAGUCAACAGAGGUUCCAGUAUGAAGUAGAAGUAGAGAAGCUAAAAGAAGAAUGCGUAAGCCUACAUGUCAGAUUGUCUGAUAGCCAGACUGAUGUCAAAACGAAGGAAGCUAAACUUCAUGAGAGAGAAGAGGAUUUAAAAGAAGUAAGAAGAGUCCUUGAAGAUGAAAGAAGAGAGAAAAACUUAUCAAAUUCGAAACUGUAUGAAAGCCAGAUCGAAAUCAAAAGACUGGAAACUAGACUUCAAGAAGAAAGAUACGAAAAAGAGAAUGCAUUGAAAAAAGUUGAAGAAGAAAAAAGUGAAAAGGAGAAAGCACUUACAAGACUUAGUGCAGUGGCUGGUGAUAAGCUCCGGUUAAAUAACCCUGGUAUAGCUGAUUUAUCAGAUGAAAAUCGCCCAAACAAACUGGCAGAAAAGUUCAGCGAACUGUACGACAACGAAUGGACAGAAGUGUUUGAAGUUUUAGAAGGGGAAAACUUUGAAGAAGAAAAAAUUAUUCAAAUGCUUCUUGAAGUAUUAAAGGAAAUUUACAACAGCUGCCUUAGAUAUGCUAGAGAUCAGAGAGAGAACCUGAUAGAAGCCAUUGCAAAACCAUCUAAAUCCAAAGUGCAAUUAGAGGUUGAGAUUAAAAACUGAGCAAUUUGUUUUUGGAAAUAUUUGUGAAA